AUGCCAGCAAACAAGGCUCAAGAAGCAAGUACACCGAUCAUGGCCCCUCCAACCGCCGCGAAACGAACGCACGCUGCCAUCAGCAAAAGCAACCCGCCCACCAUCGACCCGCCGCAACAAUGGGCCGAAGCUUCUCAACCAUCCAUCGAGAAUUUUGACUGCUCCAAAUAUGACUAUAUGCCCGACGAAAACGGCGGCUUUUGGAAGCUGCAGCCAGACUACGUCGCGGAAGGCCUCGUUCAAGUAAUACCUCGAGUGCACACGGGCAUGUCGCCCAUUCAGAAGCCGCAGGAUUUCGCCUUCACUUGCCUAUACGAAAAAUGUACCGCAAAACCUUUCAAGCGGAAUCUCGAUCUCGACAAGCACUACAAACAGGCCCAUUCCGACAGCCAAACUCAACCUUCACCAGCCUUGUCCGUCAAGGAAAUCACGCCUGCACUGAGCACGCCCAAACCGAGCCCCAAGGUUAUCACCAAGGCCGCAGCCGGCGGAAAGGGCGGAGGGAACCGCAAUAACAGCGUCGCCGGCGCAUCAGGAAAGAAGUCAGACGAGGCCUACUACUGCGACUACAAUGCGUGCAACCGCAAAGACGAACCAUUCAGUCGCAAGGACCGAUUACGAAUCCACCUCACGGAUGUUCACAAAGAGGACGUGAACAAGAAGAACGGCGAGAUCACGGACGACUGGCUGCAAGUGCGCAAGGUGAAUGCGGCCUGGUGGCGGUGCACGAAAUGCCUCGCCAGGAUAAAGGUCGACCCCAACGGAUGGGAGUGCCCCCAGGACGGCUUCAAGCUGGAAGACAAGCGUCGCGAGCUGCGGGAGAAGAUGAUGGCAUCGGGCACGUGA